CACAAACUCUCUCUCUCUCUUGUAAAUUUGUGAGCAGUUGUUUGUUCCGAGAAAUCAAAAGGAAUUUUCUGGGGGAAACCAAAUCGAGUAAACCGGUAGAGAAGAAGAAGAAGAAGCUUCUCUCUGUUUUCUGUUAAUCGAGAAGGAAUGUCUACUGUGAAUCACAGAAACGGUACUCAAAGAAGCUCUCUCAGAGCUCACUCCUCCUCUGCACAGAAACCUUCUCUUAAAUCCAAGACUGUGCUUCGGAAAAGCAGCCCCGCCGCACUCGGUGUCGGCUCCUCCUCCUCCGCCGCCGCAGGUUCUAAGUCUGGAAACGGCGCCGACGCUGGUGUUCCUGGGAGAGUUCGUGUAGCUGUUAGGUUAAGGCCACGCAGUGGCGAGGAAAUGAUCGCUGAUGCUGAUUUUGCUGAUUGUGUUGAGUUACAGCCUGAGGUAAAGAGGCUGAAACUAAGGAAAAACAAUUGGGACACUGAUACUUUUGAGUUCGAUGAAGUGCUCACUGAGUAUGCUUCUCAGAAGCGAGUAUACGAAGUUGUGGCAAAACCUGUCGUCGAGGGUGUUUUGGAUGGUUACAAUGGGACGAUAAUGGCGUAUGGUCAGACCGGUACUGGUAAGACAUAUACACUUGGACAGCUCGGGGAAGAAGACGUAGCUGAUCGUGGCAUAAUGGUCCGUGCUAUGGAAGAUAUUUUAGCUCAAGUCUCCUUGGAGACUGAUUCUAUAUCUGUCUCUUAUUUGCAGCUGUAUAUGGAGACUGUACAAGACCUUCUUGAUCCAGCUAAUGAUAACAUUGCCAUAGUUGAAGACCCGAAAAGUGGAGAUGUUUCUCUUCCAGGUGCUACCUUGGUGGAAAUUAGGGAUCCACAUAGCUUCCUGGAACUACUUCAACUCGGAGAAGCUCACCGGUUUGCUGCUAACACCAAACUCAACACCGAGUCUUCCCGUAGUCAUGCUAUCUUAAUGGUUAAUGUCAGACGCUCUUUAAAGACAAGUGAAAGUAAUGGAAACUCCCACAUGUCUAAAUCUCUCAAGCCUCCUGUUGUCCGGAAGGGGAAGCUGGUUGUGGUGGAUCUUGCUGGCUCGGAACGUAUCAGUAAAUCAGGAAGUGAAGGACAUACACUGGAGGAAGCCAAAUCUAUUAAUCUCUCUUUGAGUGCACUUGGCAAAUGCAUCAAUGCACUUGCUGAGAACAGUUCUCAUGUUCCGUUCCGUGAUUCAAAGCUAACCAGAUUGCUUAGAGAUUCAUUUGGAGGAACUGCAAGGACAUCCUUGGUUAUUACAAUUGGUCCAUCACCACGACAUCGAGGGGAGACAACAAGCACUAUAAUGUUUGGUCAAAGGGCAAUGAAAGUGGAGAAUAUGGUGAAGUUGAAGGAAGAGUUUGAUUACAAAAGCUUGUCUAAAAGGCUUGAGUUACAACUAGACAAUCUAAUUGAGGAAAACGAAAGGCAGCAGAAAGCAUUCGUUGAUGAAAUUGAAAGAAUAACCGUAGAGGCACAUAACCAAAUCUCUGAGGCUGAAAAGAGAUAUGCCAAUGCACUAGAGGAUGAAAAGCUAAGGUAUCAGAAUGAUUACGUGGAAUCAAUAAAGAAGCUGGAGGAGAACUGGUCAAAGAACCAGAAGAAGCUUGCAGCUGAAAGACUUGCACUCGGAGAGAAAAAUGGUCUGGACGUCACAUCAAAUGGAAAUAGAUCCAUUGCUCCAGCCUUAGAGGAAGUCUCUGAACUGAAAAAAAUGGUUCAGAAAGAAACUCAGCUGAAGAUGGCGGCUGAAGAGGAAGUGAAUAGACUGAAACAGCAGCUCUCUGAGUUUAAAAGAGUGGAAGUAUCAGGAAAUUCUGAGAUCAUGAGACUCCAUAAGAUGUUGGAAACUGAGACACAACAAAAAGAAAAACUAGAAGAGGAAAUAGCCACGCUGCAUACACAGUUACUGCAGUUGAGUCUUACUGCUGACGAGACACGACAAAACCUAGAGAGACAUGGUUCACAGAAAACAUCUGGUGCUCUAGAUUCUUAUAUGUCUCAGUUAAAACUUCCUCAGCUGCAAGAUCCAGGAAACGCAGAGAAACCUCCUGUAGCUAAACUAUUUGAACAAGUUGGGUUGCAAAAGAUUUUGUCUCUUCUUGAGGCUGACGAUGCUGAUGUAAGGAUUCAUGCUGUCAAAGUAGUAGCAAAUUUGGCUGCCGAAGAGGCAAAUCAGCAACAAAUCGUGGAAGCUGGUGGUCUCACCUCCUUACUGAUGCUUCUGAGAAGUACAGAAGAUGAAACCAUUCACAGAGUUGCUGCUGGUGCAAUCGCCAACCUUGCAAUGAACGAAACCAACCAGGAGCUGAUUAUGGAUCAAGGAGGCAUUGAUUUACUGUCAUCAACAGCAGCCAAUGCUCAGGAUCCUCAAACCCUCAGGAUGGUAGCUGGAGCCAUUGCUAAUCUCUGUGGAAACGAUAAGUUACAGACAAAGUUAAGAUCAGAAGGAGGAAUUGCAGCGUUGUUGGGAAUGGUUAGAUGUGGACAUCCUGAUGUGCUUGCACAAGUUGCUCGUGGAAUUGCAAACUUUGCUAAAUGCGAGUCAAGAGCAUCAACUCAAGGAACUAAGAGAGGGAAAUCACUAUUAAUAGAAGACGGUGCACUCUCUUGGAUUGUUCAAAAUGCCAAAACUGAAACAACAGCUAUUAAGCGUCACAUCGAAUUAGCUCUCUGCCACUUAGCACAACACGAAGGGAAUGCGAAAGAGAUGGUUAAGGAAGGAGCAAUAUGGGAACUGGUGAGGAUCUCAAGAGAAUGUUCGAGAGAAGACAUAAGAAGUCUUGCUCAUAGGACUCUCACUUCAAGUCCCACUUUUCUUACUGAACUUAGACGUCUACGUGUUGAUAUCCGGUAAAAGCGGUUUUAACUUAACUUAGACGUCUUUGUUGUCUGAUUUUGAUUUUCUUUCGGUUUAGGAUGGUUUGUGAUUUUCUUCUUGGCUGUGGCUUUUUGUUUGUUCGAACGUGUAUAUUAUUUUGGUGGGUUUUGUUUGUGUAUAUUGACGUAGUAAUUAAUGCAAAAUUAUAAUAAAUUAUGCUUCAGUUUUUCCGGAUAGUUUGU